AUGGCCAUGGACAGCAACGGCGAGUGCUCGUCCCCCAUCGCCAGCGCCGGGCUUCUGCCCCUCUUCGGCCCGUCGCCGCCGCCGCCUCAGGCGGAGAGUCUGGAGGAGAAGCUGAGGCGGGUGAGCGAGGAGAACAGGAGGCUGGCCGCCGCGCUGGACGCCAUACUCGCCGCCGACCGCUCCACACCGCGAGCGCUCGCCACGUCGCCGCCGGCCCAGCAGGGCAAUGCGGCUUUGACGACCCAAGCAGCCGCUGGCGUCACCGCGGAGCCGCGGCCCAGGCUGCGGACGGUGCGCGCGCGCGCUGAGCCGGCGGACGCCGACGCCAACCACCUCAAGGACGGCUACCAGUGGCGCAAGUACGGCCAGAAGGUGACGCGCGACAACCCCUACCCGAGAGCCUACUUCCGCUGCGCCUACGCUCCCUCCUGCCCCGUCAAGAAGAAGGUGCAAAGGAGUGCAGAUGACAAUUUGAUGCUGGUGGCGACAUACGAGGGUGAACACAACCAUGAGCAACGUGCCCAGAGCGAGUACGUCAAUGACGCAUCGACGAGCCAGCAGCAGCAGCACCAGGCCGGGUCGUCGUCGUCGUCACUGCCGUGCUCCAUCAUCUCCAUCAAUUCGUUGGGCCGGACGAUCACCCUUGGCCUGGCGGACCAACGGCCGCCGGGAUCGAGUUCGAAUGCCGAGGCGGUCGUCGUAGGGGAGAUUGUAACGCCCGAGUUUCGGAAGGUUUUGGUGGACGAGCUCGCGAAUUUGCUCAAAAAUGAUUCCGAGUUCAUCGAGUCGCUGGCGAGCGCCGUGUCUGAUAGGGUGAUGGAGAGAAUACCAGCAGCAGGGCACAUAUUUUGA